CUUCUUCGCCUUCUGUUUCGAGAUAUAGACUGAGAGAGAGAGAGAGAGAGAGAGAGAGAGAGAGAUGUUUGGCGAAAGCCUGUAUCGGUGCUUCUCUGGCUUCCGCCACGCUUCUCAUUCUGCUCCUCUCCCGGCUUCCCAAAAUGCCCCCACCUCCUCUUCCUCGUGCGACUCUCCCGUCGUCUUUAAGAACUUUAAUUCACUGUAUGACCCCGCCUCAGACUCCGAGACGCUCUCCCUGACUCUUCCCUCCUCCGCCGUCGCCGCUGCCGCUGCAGGCUCCUCUUUCACGUCCUCCUGCGACGCCCCCGACGACGACGGCGGCGGCGGCGGCGGCGGCUCCUGCCCCUCGGAGCGCGACCUCUUCUCCGCCAUCGCGUCCCGCCGCCUUCUCCCGGCGUCCCCGGGCCGGUCCAACUCCAUCGUGGACUCCGCGGCGGUCGCCGUCGGGGCCGGGACCGGGGUCCCCGUGCCCACCUACUCGCCCGACCCGUACCGGGACUUCCGCCGGUCGAUGGAGGAGAUGGUGGUGGCGCUGGGCCUGGACGCCCGGGACCACCGUGCCCACCUCCACGAGCUCCUGCUCUGCUACCUCGCACUCAACCGGAAACACGCCCACAAGUACAUCGUCAGCGCCUUCGCCGACCUCCUCCUCGCCCUCGCCUCCACCCCCGCCGUCGACAAGGCCUGAGAGCAUGGUUUUGCUGGGCUGUGUACCUCUAAAUGCUGUUCUUUAUCCCUUCCUCUGUUGGAGGUGGCGUAUAGAUCGAUCGUAUAUACGUACAGACGAUUCCAAUACAGUGUUCUCAGCACAUUGUAUCCUAUGUUUGAGAUGGAAUGUUGUUCCUUUUUCUUUCUCUUAAAACUGUUUCUUUUGAUGUUCCAAGUCGUUCAUGGUUCAUAGUGUUCUACAGGGAUCCUCGAAAGGGAGCAAGGAAGAAUUGGUGUAAAUGAUGGAAGUUAAUGGGUCUGGUGGUGGAGGUCAGAGUGAUAGAUUGCCGGCCUUGUCAGUGAGGACAAGAAUGAUGGAUUCCAUGUCUGCUCAACUGAGGUGGUGGUGGACACCGGCAAAGCUGUGUUUGAG